AUGCCUGUCAAUGCCCAUCAGUGCCAGCUAUCAGUGCAGCCUCUGUCAGUGCUCAUCAGUGCCACCUGUCAGUGCCCAUCAGUGCAACGUAUCAGUGCCCAUCAGUGCAGCCUCAUUAGUGCACAUCAGUGAAGGAGAAAAAUCACUUAUUUACAACAUUUUAAAACAAAAACUAAGAAAAAACCUUUUUUUUCAAAAUUUUCAGUUUUUGGUUUGUUUAGCAAAAAAUAAAAGACACUGAGGUAAUUAA